GCCCGAUCUUGGCCACCUUCACGGAAACAAAACAAGAGUUGUGUUGCUCAGACUUAUGCACUCGCGCAGCGCAAGGGACAAGCACAAGCGACGGCUUCGGGAGAAUAAAUGCUCGGCCGGGGGAAUUAGGCCUCGUGGGUACACGCCUGUCCACGCCGGACACUAUCGCUUUGUUCGUUGACGGGUCCAAUGAUCCCUGCGUGCUGGUCAUCGCCUCCCUCUCUCACAGGCCAACCAUGCGACCGCUAACGCAGAGACACACACUCGCGUUGCUGCGCACGGACAUUUCAUGCCUGACCUGGCUGCGGGCCCUGUGGUUCUUCGGGGUGCUCUGGUGCGAGGUUGGGGUCUAUCGCUUCGUAGUGUUCCGAUGUGCAUGGCCUGAUCGACGACUAAGUCCGUCUACAGUGGCACCGACACAUGUCUUGAUCUUGGCAGACCCUCAGGUUCGACAUGUGGGAUCGCGCAGACACAGCUGUUUCUUCCCGAGGCUCCACGACUGGUUCUAUCACGCCAGUCUCAGAAAGAAUUGGCGAUACGUGAUUCGCCUGAAUCCGGAUGCUGUGGUCUUCCUCGGAGACAUGCUGGCGUCAGGGCGUAAGCUCAGGGACGACGACGAGUUUGUGGAAAACUACCUCAGAUUCAGGCGCAUCUUCUCAGUGGACAAGAGCGUGCCUAUUUUUCACGUGCCUGGGAAUGAAGACGUUGGAUUGAACCUAAUAGAGGCAGAUGCUAGGGCCGCUCAACGCCGAUACACUACCCAUUUCGAUCCUCUAAACGGCGAGGCGUUGAUCGCAAAUCACUCUUUCGUCUUCAUAAAUGCGCCGGGCCUCGUCGAGGAAGACUAUCAUCGUGCGCGUCAUGUCGGCUCGAAAGAGUAUAGCGACUAUACUGCGGAGGAGGGCGGCACCGUAGAGUUUGUUCGUGAGCUUGCGCGCAAAAGAGAAGGGCAGGAUGAGCCACCCACUGUCCUGUUCACGCACAUCCCUCUAUCACGCCCCGACGGGGCAUCAUGUGGGCCCCUGCGAGAACAGGGAACUAUGCGGCGAGGCGCGGGACCUGGUUAUCAGAACAUGCACGGCAAGCGCACGUCGGAGUUCCUGCUUGACACCCUGAGACCUGAGCUUGUGUUCAGCGGCGACGAUCGCGACUACUGCGACUAUACGCACUUGCUUCCUGGGCCAGACUCCACUGUCCCUGUUCGCGAAGUGACCGUCAAGUCUUUCUCGCCAGAUAAGACCAUUCGCACUCCAGGGUUUCAUCUGCUAUCUCUCAUCCCGCCUCACGCCACUCCACCCGGAAAUUCGUUGGAGGCCACACUGGCGGAUUCGCCAUGCUUCCUUCCCUCACAAAGCCGGAUACACAACGCGAUCUACUUCCCGUUCGCUAUCCUCAUGCUCUUGUUCCUUAUCGCCCGACGCGUUCGCAAGCGUCGCGAGCGAUAUCAUCUUUCCCCACUGCCAUCUUAUGACUUUAACGAGCGCGUUCUGACUGGUUCGGCGUUGCACUACAAGGUCGACAAGGAAAAGGUCGACAAGCGGUCGUGGCGGAAGCCCUCGGUGGCGAGCUCGGUGCCGGUGUCGGCGUCAUCAUUCGGUGGAGGCUCACACUUCCCCCGCCGCUUCACCAGGCGCAUCACAGGUUGCUUUGCGAGCAACGGGGCUGCCGCCAGCGGGCCACUCAACCUGUCUGCGAACCAAGCUAGGCUGUGUCGGGCAUCCUGGAAAGUCGUGUGUCUGUCCGUCCUGGACUUUGUGAAGGUUCUGCUGCCUUCUCUUCUCCUCUGGAGUAUUGUGAUGUGGUCCAUGCUCCAUUAAAAGCACGUAUAUAGGAGGAAACGGACUACGUUCGUGGAUUCUGAUACAAGAGACUCUGGAUUAAGCAUAAGAUUUACCAAGAAAUGGACUAUCUACAAAGCACUAGAUUACUAUUAGCAGAGCAACGAUCGGGACUCUGUAGGCUGCGAUAUAUGGGCACUAUGGCAAUGGAUAUGGCCAUAAUCGGAGUGGCACAAGUAGUGUUCGAGCGAAUGUUUACGCAGUGAACUCGUCUAAGGUGCGAUGGCCGUCGGUUCCAGCGUCUUGAGAAGCCUGGCCCUCGCGAAGGCCGAAUAGUUGGACAAUCUCUGUUGCAAAGG